UCCACAUAGUACUGCACCACGCUGUACACUUAUUGUUACGCAAUUCGUACCUUUUUUUUUUAACGUUACACUUUUAAAGUUUUCUCUUUUGUGUAAUAGAAGAAAUUCAAUAUGAUUUUCAAAAAAACAUUUUUGGUAUUGGUUUUCACUGUUUAUUGUUACAUGUCUUCGAUCAAGGGAGCCGAUGACAAAGAAGCAGGAGAUAGAGAAUUGAUAGCAAAAUUACUCACUGUGGUUCUCAGAUGCUUCAAGGAUGCUAAUUGGACCGCAUGUAGUGAAAUGAUAAAAACAAAAUAUGAUCCAACUCAAACAAAAUACAAACAAUGCACAUGUCAGUUGGCUUGUGCUGGAGAGGAACUUGAAAUGAUAAAUAGUAAAGGGGAACCAGUUCCUUCCAAAUUCCUGGAUUACACAAACCGUAUCAACAGCCCAACUAUUAAGAAAGAAAUGCAAACUAUUUACGACAAAUGCAAUACUGUCAAAGGGACUGACAAAUGCGAUCUAUCCGAAAAGUUUGCAAUUUGUGCCUUAAAGGAAUCUCCAGCAAUCAAAGACCGUAUCAUUAUGUUAACCGACACUUUAAUGAAAAUAAAACAAAAAUAACAUUCCAUUAUCUUAAUAUGAACACUUCCUCAGAUGGCUUAAUACAUACAUACUUCAAUACAACAUAAUCUUUACCAUUGAUUUUAAAAUAUUUUUUUUAAAAUCAAUGCCAUUAGCUCUAUUUGCGUACCUGUAUAAUAUUUAAAUAUUUGUAUACCUGUACAUUAAUAAUUACCAAUAAGUGAAUAAAUAAGCUUGCAUUUCAA